CAGAAAUUCGGUUCCAAUUUGGAAGAGAUUAAAUAUGUUGUUCGAUCGCUAUACGUACUUCUCAACAAGUCGGUAACAUAGUAUAGCUUUGAACCGAUAGACGCUAAUUUAUUUAAACAAAAGUCGAAUCAGCAACAUCAUGAGGGACACUUUGGUAAUUCCCGACCCCAGAGGUAUAGGAUACGAAUAUUUCAAUGCUAUGAUUAAAUAUCGGGAGAGAGUUGCGCAGGUCGAUGGGCGUACAGGUGAAGAAGAAACCUACGACAGCUUGCUAAAACGCUCAAUUAGAACAGCAAUCACAAUGAAGAGUAAAGGAGUUAGGCCUGGUGACUUUGUAUCUAGGUGUACACUAAACGAGUUGGACGCGUGCGUAAUUUACAUAGCAACACUGUUUGUUGGGGCGAUAACGGCCAAUGUUCAUGUUACGAUGUCUGCUCAAGAGAUUCUAUGUUUAUUAAAACAGGUUUCACCAAAAAUUGUUUUUGUUGCGCAACAAUGCGAAGCCUUGAUGGAAAAGGUAACACGCGAGCUUGAAAGACAGCCGCUGUUGGUAGUGUUGAGACAAACCCAAACAAACACGCCGUUUGCGAAAUUUUUGGAAAGUUGCGAAAACGAAGAUGCAUUCAGACCAAGAGAGGCUCACAAUAUGGAUGAAACAGUUUUUGUUGCGUUUACCAGUGGCACAACGGGAAAGCCUAAAGGAAUCUGCCAUAGCCAUUCUUCAAUGGCGGAGAGAUUUGAUAAAGAACAGAAGUGCCAGAUUGUUGCUACAUUUUAUCCGCCGACUCUCACACUGUUCAACAGAUUCAUACACUACACAAUACUCAACGGUUUUAAAAGACUUGUGUUUGAUAGAUUCGAUUCAGAAAACCCUUGGAGAAUUCUGAAUUAC